AUGGACGUACCCACGGACGCAGGCGACACCCCCGGGCACAGCGAGAGCGGGGACCUAACGCUCUUUCCUUUGAUCCAGCCGUGCAAGUGGGACCCCUCCACGCUCCCCAACUGGGGCCGUUCCCGGGCCACGGGGCUGGCAGUGCGAAUCUUCGCCUGCAGCGCGUUUUUAGCACCUGCGCUCACAGAGUUCCUGAAAGCGAAUGUCGCAUGGUAUCCAAUGGGGAUCCCUUUUAUAUUCCAUGGGUCCCUGGCGGGGGUGCUGGAGAUGGAGCGCAGCGUCACCGCGGUGCUGGGCCAGGACGUGGUGCUGCCGUGCCGCUAUCGGGCGCAGGAGGGCGAGAAGGUGGUGCAGGUGACGUGGCUGAAGCAGGGCGCCGACGGGCAGAACGUGGAGGUGGCGGUGCUGAACUUGGAGUACGGGGAGCACGUCCAGGAGCCCUACGCGGGGCGGGUGCUGCGGCGGGCACCGGGGCCGCUGGAGGACGGCGCCAUCGUGCUGAAGAACGCCGUGCAGGCCGACGAGGGCGCCUACGAAUGCCGCCUUAUCACCUUCCCCUCGGGCAACUUCCAGGACAGCAUGACACUCAGCGUGUUGGUGCCCCCGCUGCCAUCCCUGAACCCCGGCCCCCGGCUGGAGGAAGGGCAGGGGAGGACGCUGGCCGCCUCCUGCACAGCCGAGGGCAACCCCAUGCCCACCGUGACCUGGGAGACGCAGGUGCACGGCACCAACAGCACCCGCCAGUCCUUGCACCCCCGCUCGGCCUCCGUCACCAGCGAGUUCUUCCUGGUGCCCGGGCGCAGCAUGAACGGCAAGACGCUCACCUGCGUCGUCAGCCACCCGGGGCUGCCGCACGAGAAGAGAAUCACCCACGUGCUGAAUGUCGCCUAUCUCUCGGAUGCCUCAGUGCGAGGGCACGAGGAGGAGGAGGACUGGCAGGCGGGCAAGGAGGGCGUCUCGCUGAAGUGCCUUGGCGAGGGCAACCCCCCACCCACCUACAACUGGACCCGGCUCAACGGCCCCAUGCCCGAAGGAGUGAAGGUCAAGGGGGCCACCCUCCUCUUCCAGAGACCCCUCACCCCCGACGACACAGGCGUCUACAUCUGCCAGAUCGCCAACAGGUUUGCGGCCAAGGAGGUUCGGGCCAGCAUCAGCAUAAAAGCAGAGAGCGAGCUGCAGAAGGUGAACGUGGUCUCGGCCUCGGUGGUGGUGGUGGGCGUCAUCGCGGCCGUGCUGCUCUGCCUGCUAGUCCUGGUCGUCGUGUUCAUGACCCUCUACCACCGACGGAAAACCAGGCGCAUCUCCGAGAAAUAUGAGGAGGAGCUGACCCUAACGAGGGAGAAUUCCAUCCGGCGCCUGUACUCCAGCCACAGCGCCAGCACCCGCAACCAGACAGAGGAAACCCUGCACCUGCGGGGGGACAGCCGGCAGGGAAGCCUGCGGGGGGACAGCCUGCGCGGCACCAGCAUCUGCUCCGUCAUGAGCGAGGAGGCAGAGGGGCGCAGCUACUCCACCCUGUCGACGGUGCGGGAGAUUGAGACGCAGACGGAGCAGCUCCCGGCCCCAGCGCCCGCCCCGGAGGAGGAGAAGGAGGAGAAGGAGAAAGAGAGGGAGGAGGAAGAGGAGGAGGAGGAGCGGGAGGAGAACACCAUCAAGGCGGCCAUGACCCACUUUGUGCAGGAGAACGGCACCCUGCGGGCCAAGCCCACCAGCAACGGCAUCUACAUCAACGGGCGGGGCCACCUGGUGUGA